ACUCUUCAAAUAAAUGGGUUAAUAAUGCAAUGUUGUGCAUUAAAAAAAUUCCUGGCAAUACCCUGAAAAACGAAGAAUUUAUUUUGCAAACUCAUAACUACGUACGUCGUCAUAAAGUUGUUGAGUCCAUGUAUGGAUUUUUCGUUAAUUACAGAGGGCAGAGUAAUUUGUUAAAGCAAGAAAAAAACUGACUGUGACUGUGCUUUGGGAAAGGAAAUUUUUCGUUCUUUAAAAAAAUGACAUCUGCGCAGGACGAAAAUGGUAAGUUACUCACUCUAGACUCUAGACUCUAGAGUUUUAAUAAAACUCUAUAAUUAUGACUCAAGUCUAUUUUAAAUUUUAAGUCCACUAUUAUUAUAAAUUAUAAGUUAUUAUAAGUCUAAAGAAUUAAGGACUAGACAGAAAUGUAGUGAAAAUUAUUUUUAAAAACUAGAAAAAAAAUUUUUUUUCAAGUAUAGUCAUAGUCAUAGUAAUAGUAUACUUAAACAAAUAUACCAAAAAAUAUAUUAUAUAAUUAUAAUUGUUGACUCAACUUCUUUACUAUUUCCCUUUUUUUUUUUUUUUUUUUUUUUAUUUUUUUUAAUUUUAAUUAAUUUUUUUCUUUUUUUUUUUUUUUUUUUUUUUGAGACUUUAUAAUUAUAAUGAAUUUUUUAAUUAAUUAAAGUGAUAAAGUUGAUAGACUUAAGUCAAAGUGAAAGUUCGAGUUCAUUUGUUGUAAUUUUUCACUAUUCUUUGAAAUGAAGUUAGAAGUAUGAUCCCCUGUGGCAUAUACCUAUAAACUAUAAGUCAAAGCUAAGUAACACUAUCAUCAUCACUGGCAUCAUCAACACUAAUGGUCACUAUCAUUCGGCCAACUAAAAUUCUACAUAUUUAAUCUACUAUACUACUUGACUAAUCUACUUAGUUUUAUACUAGUUUUGUUCUUCGCCCAUCGCUUACAAAGAUUACCAAGGCAAUUUUCAACUUGCGUAGUGGCCUUGCCUUGCCUUGAGCUGCAUUUACAACACUUAUUAUAAAUCAGGCUUUUUUAUGGGAGAAAAUUAAAAAUUUUGAUUGGUACUUUAGCAAAGUUUUUUUAAAAGGGCUUAUAAUCGAUAACGCUUUAGAUAUUUUUUCCAAGGAGUAUUUCUAGAUGUAUGGGUGAUGGGGAAUGAUAAGAAUAAUUGAAUGUUAUGAGCGGAACGACUAGGUUAGUCCUUAAAAAAUUACGUUAUUAAUUUGAUUAGGCCUAUGAAUAUAAUACUGUCUUAAUUUAUUAAUACUUUAGUUAGGCCCGCAGAUGCCGCAGUGGUUUAGAAUUAAACUAGUUAGUACUAAAUGGCAUGGACUUCAACUGCUAUGAGCAGGAAGGAAUGUCGUUAAGGGGAAGAGAUCAAGGGGGCAAAACUAUGAAUACUUGAUUACGUCACUGGACAGUAAUAAAACACUUAUUUACAAUUCAACUGUUUUGGUCAGAAUGUCUGAUUUCUACCUUGCUUUAUAAAUUCUGGGUACCAGAAAAUGGCAGAUUCAGACUUUAUUAUUCCAGGUUAAUUUUAUUUGCAUGGUCCUACUGGGGUGCUUUACAAACUGCAUCACAAUGACAUAAAAUCCUCGUAGUUAACUAUUGUUUCAUAGUUAUUUAGAUAUUUUAAAAAUAAAAUUAUAAUGAAAAAAGAUUAUUUAAUAUCUUCCUAUAUGUGGGUAUGUUAAAUUAUAACUAACAUUAAACUAGUUCAUUUCUUUAUUCCCAAAGCUCUUGUGGAGCGAGUCUUUUUGCGCAUUGGAUCAGCAGAGAGUGAUGAACAAUUACAAACAGCACUUGGUAAAUUUUUAGCACCACUGUUGUUAAAGCUCAACAGUUCUGAUGAAGCUGUAAGAUCCAAGGUAAUUAUUGCAUAUUUUAAUCCCAUUUUUAGAUAAAUUUUGUGAGUUUUAAAAGUUAAAAUCUUUAUUGAGGAUAGCUAAUAAACAUUAUUUUUAUACGGUCUUAAAAUAAUAUUGAAUAAGGUUAUAAUCAUACCUCAUACCUGUAGUGUCAGACUUAGGAGCUUGUAUUGUAUUGGAAAACUCAAAUUUUUUAUGUCUUGUUUUUAGGUCCUCAAACUUUUAGCCCACAUCAAGACUCGCCUGAAAAGCAGAAAUCAAGUCCGGCUACCACUGGAUGCAUUGUUAACACAGUUCCAGGAUCCCAAGGCCACACCAUUUAUAACAGUAUUGUCACUAUAUCAAAUUUUAACACUCUUACAAUUUUUGAAUACUUACAUACUCAUGCCUUUCUACCCCGUCUGGGAAUGUCUGCACUUUCUGCAUAAGGCUCACUGUUGUUUUCCAAGUUUCUGCCCCAUAUAGUAGGACUGUUUUGACAUUUGUAUUAAAGAUUCUGACUUUGGUUUGCAGUUUCAGCUCCUUCAACUCCCAUAUUUUCUUUAAUAGCACGAAUGCUGAUCUAGCUUUUCCAAUUCUAGCCCUUACGCCUGCAUCGGAUCCGCCAUUUGUGUCUAUGGUGCUGCCUAAGUAAUUGAAGGACUCCACUUCUUCCAGUGCCUUUCUUGCCAGACAAAUAUUUUGAAUAUCUUGAGUUAAAUAAUAAUUAUAUUUGAAAAACUUCAACAUUUUCUUUGAUUAAAACAGCAUUUUGUCACCAGUAACUCUUACACCUUAAACUUUCUGGAUCUUCAAAAUGCAUGAACUUUUUAAAUUAGAAAAUUGCAAGCAGUUUUAUAAAAUAUAUUAUUUUUUAAUUCUUUAUUUCAGAAUUUCACCAUUCUGUUUAUCAAGCUUGGGUAUCCACGGGUAGAACCAGAGAAACAAGCUGAGCUAAUCCCACUGUUGAUCAACUGUUUACAAGGGAGAUCAACUAGCCAUCAAGAUAGGUAAUGCUGAUGUUCAUAUAAAAUAUGCUGAAAUUGACAAUGAAGAAUUUGCUUUAUUUUUAAGACUAUUUAGAUUAUUUCCUUUAACGUGUCAUCUUCAUAUUAUCCCCUGGGCUUUAUUGCUGUUGUGAAAAAUAAUCCAAGGUUUUUCUUCUCAUUUAAAGCAUUCUACACCUACUCAUUCGAGCACUCAAGCAUUUGAAGCUGCCAAAAAAUGAGACAGAAUGUCGCACUAAAUUCCAACUAGGGGAUAAGCCAGGGGUUAAACAUUUGUUACUCGACUACUUCAUGGAUGUUCUGUUGCUGACUUACAAGUAACUUCUUAUAUAUAAAUUAUAUACUAUUUAAAGAAAGCACAAGAGAUUUAAUUAAAUUUAAUCUUUAUGUAAAGGUAAGGCUGCCAUUCUGUUUUUCAAAAUGUGUUUACUGCAACUUCUUGCAGCAUUUUAAAAAAAAAUUUUUUUAUUUAUUCCUAUGUCCCAGGUGAUAUUUAUUAAAAAGAGGCAAAUGAAAUCCAAUUAAAAAUAAAACGCUGCCUCCUUAGAAACACUGCCUUUAAAUUUAAACAUUUCUUAAUUUUCAAACAUGCCAAGCUUCCUUAUGCAAAACCCUUCACACAUUAGCUUGAAUGUGUGUUUUAAAAUUUUGUUUAUCUGAAUAACCACGGUAAACCAAGUACAAAUUCAUGCAUUGGACGUAAUGAACAGAAAAUAAUUAAUCCAGGGACAAACACAGGAAAAAAAAUCAUGUCACUAAGCAUGAGUUCCUUACUGAAGAAGUCUGACUACUACACAAGUUUGGAAUAUUAAUUAUAUUUAUUCUAAGUAACCAAACUAUUCACUAAUAAUUGCUGUGAACUGAGAUAAAGUUUAUUUCUACUUUCAGUUCGCAUGUCUCUGUCAUCCCGCCGGCCAAUGAUGAGAUGUUAGAUGGUGCUGCUCAGGUUCAGCCUCCAAGCAUCCCCCCACCGCCAGGCCUCAGCCAGUCUGCUUUCAGACGCCUCACAGCCGAGAACCCAUUGGUGCCCGAAGAGCUGGAAAAAGUCAAGCUUAGUAUCAUUACAUUUUUAGGAAGUGGAGUUUUGGAAGAAGCAGAAACUGCAUGUCAUUUUGUGGUUGCCUCUUCAGACACCAGACACAGGUUUGACACUCAAUAUGGGCUGCAUGUAUGAGUGUAUCUAUAAUAAUAAAACUUUAUCUGUAUAUCUUGUUAAAUCCCAUAUAUUUGAGAUUUUCUGUCUGACAUGUAGGAAUGGAUCAGUUGUUGAGGAUUAUAUUUCAAAUGGUUUAAUGAUAUCCAUAUUUAAUGGAUUCUAUCUCAAGUACAUUCACUUUAUGUGUGAGAAUCUUUUUAAAUCAAAUCAAUUUUUAGAUAAUUUCCACAGCAGAGACUAAUAAUUGUAAUAAUGGAGUAAAAUAAGUCAAGGCGUGAAAAGUUUGGGAAGUUAAAAGAUGAUUUCAUGUUAUUUCCAGCAAUUCAAAACAAAUUUGUAUUUUUGUUCUCUGAUUAUUAUACUUAAGACACAAGUAUUCACAGCAAGAUGUUAUUGAAAAUUUCUCGCAAUUAAACCAACUUAUUCCAUAGUUGUUAUUUUUAUAUUAAGAUAUCUAGCUUGCUAUGAUAGUACACCAGGGUUUAUAUUACAUUUCAGUUUCAGCAUACAUAAACAUUGAAAUUGACCUAAUUAUGAUUAUUUUUAAAUAUUUCAGUGUAGCAACAUCUGCAGAUAUGGAGCUGAAAAAGAUCACAGGGUAAUUAAUAGUUGAAUAAAAUUUAAAGGCAUAAAAAUUAACAUUUAUUUUCAUUGUAAAGUCUAAUCUAUUUUAAUGCAUUGUGUCAACUAAACUUCCUGCAUUCUCUGUUCUCUAGGAGUAUAGACUGGAACUCAAAAGAAAUCCUCAGUAAACUAUUUUCACUCUUUCAAGGAACAGUUGUUGUCAAAGGACAGGUUUGUAAAAUGAAUUAGUCAUCAGUCAAGUUAACGGGGCCAAAUAGAUUAAUGAGACACAAACAUAACAAUAUUAAAUGCAACCUAUCUCAUUUUAAAUCUUCUGUAUAUAAAUUAUUACAUAUUGUGUUGAAUGAUUUUUGUAUUUCAUCUCAAAGCCAAAUUGUUUCUGCUCUAUGUCGUUAGUUAGUAUUUUUCUAACAUUUUGCCUUUUUUGUUAACUUGAAAGAAAUAGAUAUUUUUAGAAAUCAAAUCAAUAAAGUUGAAGUGUGGUUCUCUCCUUGGCCAACUAGCAAACUGUGAAGCCAGAUGACAGGCGAAGUGCCGUGAGCCCCAGAAUUCGUUUGAAAAUAUUUCCUCUUCUUUUGAGGGCACGAGAGGCCACAAAUAUGUUUCCACCUUGCCUGCAGGUACGAAUCUUACCUCUUUGUGAUAAACUAGAUGAUAUGACCAGAUGUUUACCAGGAUUAUAAUCGAUGUCAUUUUGUGAUACUUUCUGCUUUUUAUCGCCAAGUCUUAACAUCUAACAAUCAAAGUAUAUAACUGGAUCAAAUUAUGAUGCUUUUUAUCCUAAAAAGGAAACACAAAAGGAAAAAUAUACGACAUUGAAUGGUAAUUUAGGAAAUAGUUAAUACAAUUUUUGUAUAAAGGCAGAUAUAUUUUAUUAGAUUUAAUUUGAUUUGACUUCCAUAAAAUCAUUAAAAAAAAUCCAUAUCACCAUUUUAAGAAUCGAAUCAAUUUAAAUACACCCGGAUUCUUAAAAUGGUGAUAUGGAUUUUUUUAAUGAUUUUAUGAAUCAAUUUAAAUACACCAGAUUUUCCGUAAAAUAAUACAAAAUUACAAUCAGUGAUUUUAUAAACCAACAUUACAUGGUCACAUUGGCGCCUUAUUAUAUAUAGUGUAUAUAUAUAUAUAUAUAUACAAAUAAAUAUAUAUAUAUAAUAUAUAUAUUGUAUAUAUAUAUAUAUAUAUAUAUAUAUAUAUAUAUAUAUAUAUAUAUAUAUUAAACUUUGACAAGCUAACAUCACUUUGUUUCAUUUCAGUGACCUGAAGAAAAGUUUAAGCAAGAUUAAAAUUUAACAAAGAUUCAUUUUCAUUUAUGACUAUCUUUUCUAUUUGCAGGUUGUCUUUGAUUGCCUCUUUGGUGCAAAUCCUAAUGCUAAACUUCGAGUUAUGGCUGUGGAGUUUGUUCAUCAUAUUUGUCUCAAGUAAUUUGUUGUUUUUUUUUAACUCAAACAUUAAAUUUGUAAACCCCACAAAGAGUGCUCAUCAAAAAGGUUUCCUUCAGCAUUAAAUUGUGAGCAUGCAUGCAAAAAAAAAUGUUAACUUCAAAAUUAACUCUUUGUCUCUGGAAUUAUUUUCCUCGUGCUGACGGAAUUAUCUAUUCUGCAAAUUUGUUUUGCACUACUACGUUAUCUCUAAACUUCUAUAAUUUUUUUGUUUUUCAUUACAAAAUGCUAGGUUUGGUAUGGAAUUAAAGGGGAAUGUAUGCUCUUUACAGACAAUACAGACUUAGGUUUAAAUUUUAAUAUACAAAUGUGAUUUUUAUUUAAGGAUGAUAAAAAAACUCACCAAUUGUUCGCAAAAUGCUCAUUCAAAGUCACAAAAAGAGAAAUUUAUAAUCAAAAGUGCAACGAAAAUGUUUUUUUAUGAACUAUAUCCCUAUGUGCAUUACAAAUAAUAAAGAUCACAUCAAAAAAAAAAGAAGAAAAAACUUAAACACCAGAGCACAUUAUUCAAUGUCAAAGCCACAAAAAAAUGUCCAAAAAAACCUCCAACUCUUUCCAAUGAAAACAAUUAGUUGCUACUAGAAAAUAUUUGCACUAUGUCCGUGUGUUUAUUAACAUUUAUUAUGGUAAAUGGAAAAUUGACCAUAAAUUUGUCAUAUCUUUUCAUCUGUUUUUAGCUAUGGUAAGCCUGAAAACAAUCCAUAUGGAUGUGCUUAUUUGACUCCCAGCCAGCACAAACAUAUACAGUUCACUGUGUUCUACGAUGUUUGCAAACUCUGUUCUUUCUGGAGUUAAUAAGCACAUGUUUUACUUUGAUAAGUCUCUAAAUGGCACAGGGACGUCCACAGCCUGGUCUGGAAUUUCCGAAUGUUUCCCCCUCUGGAAUAAUGGUCGCAGCAUGUUCUGUUAAUCUGUGCACAAGUUGUAGCUUGAAAUUUCUGAGGGUUAUUUUUCUAGAUUUUCUCUGAUCUUUUGACCUUGUCAGUUUAUAAGGCCACAUUUUACACUGAUUUUCUGUAGCAUGCAGAGAAAAUUGAUACAAGGCUGCAAAUCAUUCUCUCUGAAACAUUUUCACAUACUAGGGCGUAUACAUCCCAUUGACCAAUAGUAGUGAACAAAUGGACAAGAGUUCAUCCCUAUCGUUACUGCUAGAAAUUGCAUAGGUCUCAUAAUAGGUUUCCAGUCUCUAAAAAUAGAUCUCUUGCAUGUUGGGGUGUUGAUUUUAAUUCUGUAGGAAGCGUACUCAUUUAUUGAGAGCUCAAGCUUGUGAAAAAUAUGUAUGUCUGGCAAAGUAAAAUAAAACAGAACAGUUCAUUUGACUUACUAGUCACAAGCUCCAAAUUUACACCUACAUUUUUCAAAGGUAAAAAUCUGAAAUUGCACUCAGUUUUAUUAUCCAAGAUCAGCAGCUUUCCAAUUAGAAUCUGCAUUAUUGAUAGCAAGAACAGUAUUAGCAUUUAAGCUGGGGGCCGGGGUGGUUGUUCAUCAGCUGAUGUAUUAUCAAUUUCAUUUUUAUUAUUACUUUCCGUACUACUACUAGGAUUAAACCAUUCAUCAGAGUCAUCCUCUGGAUCCAAAAUCAUAAAAUCACUAUCUGAAUCGUCAUCAGUGUAAUAUUUUCUACCUUUAUUGGAUCAAUCGCCAGAUGGGCCUGGUCAUAGCAAACAAAAAUUAAAAAGAAAAUAAAAACAAUCGCUUUAAACACUUUGUUCUCUUUAAAAGCUUGUACGAAAGAAAAUCCGGAUGUUUAUCAAAGCGAAAUCAUUCUGGAUUUGAUUAAAAGUAUUUUAAAACAAGAAGCUAAGAAAAGAAACACAACGAACUGGUUUUUAUGGAUCAACAAUGCCAUUGUCGAUCCAACUGAAAUUUCAUUUAAAAUCAAUUAUGGAAGCUUUGAUCCGGAGAGAUAAAGUUAAAUUGAUUGUGAGCAUGCACAUAAAACAUGUUUACUUUUACAAUUCAGGAAUGAGUUUUAGAUAUCAAAAUAAUGGUAACUUUUUUUAUAAAGGUAUUGUUGAUGUUGAUACACCAGAAAGAAAAAUCUACCAUAUUUUCCGGCGUAUAAGACGACUUUUUAACCCAUGAAAAUCUUUUCAAAAGUCAGGGGUCGUCUUAUAAGCCGGGGGUCGUCUUAGAAAGCUGAUGUACAGCCCAAACCCUAGAUUUUAACAGGAAAAGUAGGGGGUUGUCUUAUACGCCCAAUCAUCUUAUACGCCGGAAAAUACGUUAAUUCAGAUCUUAUCAAGUGUUAUUUUUUUAUAAAUCAAUAUACGACAUAGGCAAAUAGAAGGUAUAACUAUUGACCUUUUUGAGUUGGUGAACACAUCAUUUGGGAAUUAAGGUAGUGCCUCUCAAUGUCUUCCUUUUAUUCUUGUUGCAGCUGUGAUGAGAGUAAAUUUGCCAUGUUUGAUGUCAUUCUGCUCAAUGGAAUGCUGAAAAUCAUCCAAGAAGCAAAAGAAGUAGGACUUUUUAGUAAAAUUACUGAAUUAAGAAAUAAAAAAUCAAAUGAUACUAGAAGUGAUUGUUAACUAUUACCUAUUAAAAUGUGCUAUAUCAGGCUCCCAGUUAAAAAGGAGAAUUAUUAUGUGCAUCACACACCCUGUUUGAAAAAAUAAUAUAAUUAUGCAGAUUUGUGUAUAUAAAACUAAAUGUGUGAUUUUCAUAAAUAAUGUGACAGUUAAUAUUCACGCAGUACUGCAUUCUCAUACAAUCUGACAUCAGUUAAUAAUGGUCACAUACAUUCUCAUGCACAUGAUCUGUCAUCAGUUAUUAAUGUUCUGUGUGUGUAUUUUGUAACCCUCCACAUGUUGCAGAAUCAGAAAAUAGGAAAGCAUAUUUUAUACAAGGCAAGUUUAGCAUGGGCAUUGUCCCAAGGUUAAGAGACAAUUCUCACCUGUUUAGGUGCAUGGUUCUUAGUUAGCUCUGCGACCACAGUCUUAUUUACAAUACUGAAACCUCCUAGAGUAGUUUUUAUUUUUCAUAUCGGGAACAUUUGAAAUAUUUUUAACCUGUGAGGGAGACCAGUGUAUCACAUUCUUUUAUUAGUUAACCCCCGAUUCCUUAGGAUGUAGUUUACCAUCAAAUUGCAUUACAAUUUUCACUGUUAAAUUGCAUUAACUAUUCAGCUCUGUACUUUUUCCUUUUCUCAAUUUAUUAGAUCUAAAUUUCCUUAAACUUAAGAUAAUCAUUCAUCCCAUUCCUGUAAUAAUUUCUUUUACUGGACAAAAAAUAUUUCUCAUUUUGACAAACUUUUUUAAUGCUUUCCCUUAACAAUCUUUGUCAUAAACACUGUAACUGUAAUGAAAUGUAAAAUGACUUUAGAGUAAUGACCAUCAAAUAAAUGGAAGAAAAGAAAUGACACUGACUCUUAGUUAAUAAUGUGGUCCACUUAAAAAUUGAUUGCAGUCAUCAAACUCAACCCCACCUUCCAUCCACUUCUGUAAACAACUGAUUUUAUUUUUUUAACCCCUUCGCUACCGCAGGGUUUUUGGGCAUCGACUUUUGCUGACUCAGCAAUAAUAAUAAAAAAAAAUAAUUUUUUUUUAAAUUAAAAAAAGGAAGGGGAAAAAACAAAGAUGAAAUUUUCGUAUAUUUCAUUCUCUAUCCAAUUCGCUUUUUAACUUCUCUAUAGAUUAAGGAAUAAGGAAAAAUAUAGCAUUGAAAUUUGACGUCGAUGUGACAUCCUUGGUACUUCAGAAAAGUUCUUUACCUUUUUUUUAUGGCAGCAUUGUGACGUCCUUGGUAAUUGAAAGUAGGUGACCGUGGCUUCGCGUCGACGUCAUUGGUAGCGAAGUGGAUAAUUUAGAUCUUCCUUUUUGUUUGAUCUUAUGAUUUUUUAAUACCAAUUUCCCAAUUUUUUUUAUUCGGACAGCAUUGCUCUCUGUAUAAACAUUUAAAAAAUUUAUUUUAAGAAAACAUGAAUUGGCUGUUAUAUAGCCGGUUAUCUCAAAAUAUCAUCAAUAAAAUUAGAAAACUAAGUAUUGAAAAUAUGUGAGUGGUAAUGAUUAUUUUAAAAUGUGUAUUUUAACUUUUUUUGUUUUUUUUACCUGCAAAUAUAGGAAUGACUAAAUGUAGUUUUUAUUAAAAUUGUUUGUUACGCUCUCAAGCUGUUAGUAUUUUCAGAUUUUUUAUUUACAUGGAUAUUAAUAAAUUAAUUUUAAAAAGUAUUGUAUAAAUGUAAUUACUCUUCAAAUGUGGCAAACAUGUGCUUUUUACUGUUUAAUGGCAUGUGUGUUAUUGCUACAUUUAAUACUAGCAACGUUCACCGGCUGGCUACUCACACUGCUAUUGGAAUGCAGUUGUUGGAUGACUAAGUUGUGAAAACAUUGAAAGGUCAUUUGACUAAAACCUGUUUCAUCAGGUCUGCUGGCUGUGAAAAUAUGGCUCAACAUUUUUUGUGUAUGCUUUUGGAGGUCUUGAGUUAAUUGUGUCCUAAAAUAUGUAAUGCUUUUGGAGGUCUUAAGUUAAUUGUGUCAUAAAAUAUGUUAUGCUUUUGGAGGUCUCAAGUUAAUUGUGUCAUAAAAUAUAUAAUGCUUUUAGAGGUCUGAAGUUAAUUUGGCAAACAGUUGUUCGGCAAUAUUUUUAUCCCUGGACUUACAGAAAUUCAUGAUAGUUUAUCUUUCCCAUGGGACAAAAUGCCUAGAGAGUGCCGUUAUAUAUGAUGUGAAAAUCCAGUAAUAAAUAAAUGAAGGGACUGCUUUCAAGCUAUGUAAAUGAAUGAAAUAGUGAAACGAGGUAUGUGGAAGCUUGAAAUAAGGUAACAGGACAAAAAACAAGGACGUUUCGGCAUAAAGAAAAUCCAGUAGACACCUGAAUCAUGAACCAUUCCUUCAAAGAUUUUCUUUUAUUUGAACUGGAUCUUGUGUCAGUUAAUGUUGCACACUUUGGCUUAGCAUAUGAUGGGCCAAAUGCCACAUUAGAAACUAACAGUUUACUACUUUUGUAGAAUUGGUUCUUUACUGUCUUUUUAUCAGUAAUGAAAAGAUUUUAAAUUACAUCAGUUAACUUUGCUACCCAACAAACGUAUGUUGUAAUAUAUCUCUUUACUUCAAAAUUUCCAAAUAUUUCCCUUUCCCUCAAAGCACCCCAAGAAGCAGAGGUUUCUAACUAUUUUCAUAUAUUAAAGUAUUUCAAAAGCUUUGAAUGGUCUACAUUACCAAUUUGUAAUUAUGAUAUGGGUUUUUUCUACAAAUAUAAGACUAAAUUUUAACAGUUAACUCAGGCAACUAUUUUUUGUCAAAUUUUGAUGAGAAAAUAAUUUUUAAUGACUUUUCUACAUUAUAGGAUUCCAAACUAAGAAGUCUGGCAUAUGUAGCUGUGGGUAAGAUUGCCAGACGAUCCCCAAACAGACUAGCUAAAGACAUUCAGGUGGUGCAGACAUUUUUUGAAGCAAUGUGCCAGGUAAUGUUCUAUGAUAACUAAAAAUUAUAGCAGUAUAUUAACUCUUUCCGUGUCAAUCCAUGCUAUAUCGUCGAUUUGACUGGUCACGUUUGUGCCAAGCCAAGAUAUUUGGUUUAAAUAAUUUAUGUAGUUUAUUUCUUUGCCUGCGGCUAUCAAUGCGACUUUUUAUGUUCUUAAAUGAAGGUUAACUCUUCCUAAUUCCUUCCUGUUAAAAGUAGGGCUUGUUUACAUGUGUUUUUCUAAUAAUAGUUCGAUUUGUGUUGAAAAUUUUGUAAACAAUAAAGCAAUGGCCAUGCCUACUCCAAGCACAUUAGGUGUUACCAGACCACAUAGGUUGUCAAAUUUGCAGGCAUAAGGGCUUUUAUUGAAAAAUUAUUGAUGCUGAAACAUCAGACAAAACCAUGAAUCAUUUGAAUUUUAUUCAAGUGAUGAUUUUCAGCGUUCUGAUGGGUCGGUAAAUGCCCAAUGAAAAUAGAGGAGAUAAUAGUAAUAGUAUUACUAAUAGUGGUGACAAUUGACACUUUUGUAAAAAUUUCAAAACAUUUUAAAAAUGUAAAAAUACCACAGCUGUAUAGAGCCUAGAGAAUGGAUUACAAAAACACCAAGAACAAAUUUUAGUUCAAGUGGUUCAAAAGUUAAUUUUUUUUUUCAAAACCACUUUGUUUCUACGGCAACAGUGAGGAUUCAGAUAAUACUACUAUUAAUUUUAUAAAAAUGUUUAUAACUCUGUCACUAAAAGGCAUAUUUUCAAAAUGUAACAUGCAUUCUGAUAAAAAGGAUGUAAUUUCUGAGGAUUGAAGCAGAAUAGGAUGCCAGCUACACAGACUGUAUGGUAGUCUGUUAAUAAUAUACCAGCUACACAGACCGUAUGGUAGUCUGUUAAUAGGAUGCCAGCUACACAGACCGUAUGGUAGUCUGGUAAUAGGAUGCCAGCUACACAGACCGUAUGGUAGUCUGUUAAUAGGAUACCAGCUACACAGACCGUAUGGUAGUCUGUUAAUAGGAUGCCAGCUACACAGACCGUAUGGUAGUCUGUUAAUAGGAUGCCAGCUACACAGACCGUAUGGUAGUCUGUUAAUAGGAUGCCAGCUACACAGACCGUAUGGUAGUCUGUUAAGUUCAGAUAUGGUGCACAUUUUUUUGUUAUUAAAAAAAAUGUGUCCUCAUAAUAUUACCAGUAAAAUUUAAACUAUUGUUGUCAUAUUGUUUUAUCUGUUAUAUAUUAUUAUUCUCUGUCUAAUUUCCUUUAAUUUUAUAUAACAUACAGCUAUCUUGCUAAAAGAAAUGUAUUCAAAAUUAAUGAAUAGAAAAGAGCACCCUAAAAAAUUUCCAUUGUCCGAAUACUGGUCUGGCACAAACGUGGAAAACCCCCUGGCAUGGAAAGAGUUGAAGUUGCUACAUUGUCAUGUUUAUUUCAACCUUAAAAAGAACAGUUCAUAUACAUGGUAUAUUAUGGUGACUUAACAAAUAGGAUUGUUUCUACUGUUUAAAAUACAUUAAGAAUUCUUCAAAAUUAGUUUUAAAAAAUGCAUACAUCUAUUUUUAGCCUGCUCUUUUUGUUUUAAUAAACAACUUGACAGUGUGAUAAUCCGUUUUGUAAUUCUAGGAAGAAGGGGAAACCAGAAUGGCAGUCCAAGAAGCCUUGUCUAUGAUGGCAGAAGCUUUUUGUAACCUUGACAACACAAACAAAAAGUUGAUGGAAGCUUUGCUUCUUCAGAAUAUUGAUAAGGUAAAGAUAAUUAAAUGCAUAAAUUUAUAUAAUUAAUUGAAAGAUUGACAGAUCUGGAGUUAUACAGGUUAGCAAAUAUUGAAAAGUUUUUAAUGUUCAAAAUAAUUAUAAAUCUUUUAAAAAAUCCUGAUGACUCAUUAGAAAUUGUUUGACUAUGAUUUACCUUGAUUUUUUUCCCAUUUUAAAGGAGGAACCACAAGUUCGUGCAGUAACUGUUCACUAUGCAGCAACUGUGUUUCCAAGUGAUCACAUUCCAUCCAGAUAUAUUCUGAUGCUGGCAUCUGGGGACAUGUAUGUGUACAUUAAAGUUACUAUUAGUGUUGUAGAGAACCUCAUGACCAUCUCUUAUCUCUAACUACUAUAAUGUGGAUGGUAACCUCGUUCACUCUUGACUCUUGUAUUGCAACAAUCAGGUAUAACACGUUGAUGGUUAGACUUCACUUUAAUGAUCUGCUUAUAUCCAAACCUCAUCAUACGAGAAACUACCCACCACUAGAAUCCCAUGGUUAUUAAUAGAGACUACAUUCUCCCAAACCAGAUCCAUUACCCCGGAUGCCUAUUCAAUGUCUCUACCCAGGGUCUGCAUGGACAUUCCUCAAUUGACAGCAGACUAGAAAAAGUCAUUACUCUAAUUUAUUCGUGAUACCCACACUGUAAAUGUCAAAGUCGACCCUUGACUCCCUAUUGUCACGUUGACCAGUACCUGCACCCAGGCCGAACUCUCCAAUGGGUCAGCCAUCGCACUGUGGGCUCGCUCCCGUGCACCACCCAGGCCGAACCCUCAACAGUAUUUAUUUACAACAGUCAAAGAAAUUAUUCAUGACCCCUCUAAAAAUAUGACACAUUUCUUUGUUACACAUCUCCUAAAAGGUAAAUCAUUUUUAAAAAAGUUCAUCAACAUUUCGUUUCUUAAGCAAAGAAGAUGUAAAGUCAGAGAGUGUGAAGACUUUAAGAGGCUCACCAACAUAUGGAUUAUCAGAUAAACAGAGCAGCAAACAGAAGCUGCCAGAUUUUUUGGAGAUGAUAAACUAUGUGGUUGAAAAGGCAGGUCUUUUUAUUUUUAUAGCUUUCAACUGUAUUAAAAUUGAAUAUAGUAAUAAUAAUAAUAAUAAAGUAUGUGAAAUUUAACUUUUAAUAAAGACAAAAUAACAUUAUUUUCUUAUGCCUCAAUUCAGCUAAGCAUACCUUAUGCUUUAAAUAUUCAAAAAAAUGAAUGUGCAGCAAAUACAUUUAAAUAAAAUAAUAUUACUAUAACAAAAAAUUAAUAAUUUUCAUAGGAAAACAUAAAAGUGUUGUCAAUAAAUCAUAGACUCAAAGAGUGUAAAUGUGCAUUGUAUCUUCAGAUCAUACAGUGUAUCUUUAGAUCAUACAAAGUAUCUUUAGAUCAUACAAUGCAUCUUUAGAUUGUACAUUGUAUCUUUAGAUCAUACAAUGUAUCUUUGGAUCAUGAAAAGUAUCUUUAGGUUGUACAUUGUAUCUAUAGAUAUCUUUAGAUCAUACAGUGUAUCUGUGGAUCAUAAAAAGUAUCUUAAGAUUGUACAUUGUAUCUUUAGAUCAUAUAAUUUGUCUUUAGAUCAUGCAAAAUAUCUUUAGAUCAUAUGGUGUAUAUUUAGAUCAUACAAUUUCUGUGUGUGCGUCAUAUCUUUAAUUUGAAUCCUGUUUCAUUAUAUGUUAGGGUAAUCAAAGGAAAGAAUCCCAGCACAGGUACACAUCAGUAAAUGCAAGUCUUCCAUUCAAUCCAGUUUCAUACAAUGAGGUCAGUUUAAAACCUUGAAAUUUGACCUAUGUUAAAUGUGCCAUCACAUUUCACAUAUCAUGAAGAAACUGUGUUGAAACAUAAACCUUGUUGUCAAUCAUUUCCCUGUGAUUUUCAUGUUUAAAAGAAUAAAUUUUUAUAUCUUUGAGCCUUCCGGUCUAUUGAUUUCAAGUGAACUGCUAGAAGAAAAUAAUUAACCUUUUUAUGCAGCAAAAAUUUAAUCAAGCAAGUGAUAUUUUACUCAUUAAGAGAAUUCAUUCAGUUUAAUUUUUAUUUGUAAAUCUGAAAGUCAUUUACUUGGUCUAUAACUUCCAAUGAUGACUUCUGCUUUGGUCAGAUUCUGAUGUACCUGCGCAUGUGCCUGUCACAAACAUCAGGCCUACCUGUGGAUUGGCAAGUAGAAAAUCUUAGUGAACAGGCUCCAGAUCUAGCAGUGAAAGUUCGAGCAAUGUUGGCACAGUCUGAUGGGGAAUCUGGUCCUGUCCAUCAGUAUGUUCGCAUGCUUAUAGAACUGCUGACUGUUUCCACAAGUAGGUCACAGUUAAAUUACUGCAUAUGUAAAAGUCUAUUGAUAAAGUAAUAAAUUUUUCUGUAACUUAAAAUAAGAAUCAUCAACUUAACCCAUUCGUUAAUUGUAAAAAAGAAAAAAAAGAUGGGCAGCUUCCAUUUAUAAUUAUAUAAUAAUUAGCUGGCUUUAGAAAUAAAUAAAAUAAUUAGAAACAAAUCAUUUCUAAUAUUUGUUGAACAAUUUCUAUAAUUACUCAUGCAAGUUAUUUCAAAAGCAAAUGAUUAUAUUCAACAAAUAAUGGAAAUUAUAUAUUUAUCUUAAGAACAGAUGAUUUUAUUAAACAGAUAUAAUAAAUUAUAUAUUUAUUUUGAGAGCAGAUGAUUAGAUUUAACAGUUAUUUCAAAAGCAAAUGAUUAUAUUCAACAAAUAAUGGAAAUUAUAUAUUUAUCUUAAGAACAGAUGAUUUUAUUAAACAGAUAUAAUAAAUUAUAUAUUUAUUUUUAGAGCAGAUGAUUAUAUUUAACAAAUAUUAGAAAUUAUUUAUUUCAAAAUCAGAUGAUUAUAUAAAACAGAUAUUACACAUUUCACAUAAACCAUCACAUAAGGUCAAGUGAUUUUUUUCCCUGCAUAUAUUAUUAUUUAAACUAAUGGAGAAGGUAAUACCUGACAAAGAUUACAAUAAGAUGUUGUAAACAUCAGUAAACAAUGAACAUAUUCUUUAACUUUAACAAAGUGGCACCUUAUUCAAGGUCUUUAAACAUUUAAAUUUAAAGUUAAAAAAAAAAAAGGUACAGACAUUGGGUAAACUAAAUAAUAUAUCUUGUGAUGCAGCAACUAAUUGUUCAUUGUUAUGUUGAUUCAGGCAGUGAUGCCAUGUAUUGCCUUCUCGCGUGUUUACAACACUUAGUUGUCACAGAAGCUUAAGAAGGUAAUACCUAAAAAAGAUUACAAAAAUAUGUUGUAAACAUCAGUAAACAAUGAACAUAUUCUUUAACUUUAACAAAGUGGCACCUUAUUCAAGGUCUUUAAACAUUUAAAUUUAAAGUUAAAAAAAAAAAAAGGUACAGACAUUGGGUAAACUAAAUAAUAUAUCUUGUGAUGCAGCAACUAAUUGUUCAUUGUUAUGUUGAUGCAGGCAGUGAUGCCAUGUAUUGCCUUCUCGCGUGUUUACAACACUUAGUUGUCACAGAAGCUUUUGGACGUUUUGCCCUUUAAGUAGUAAAGGUGUUUUUGGCCGCUCUGCUCCGUAAAGGGUUAAUUAAUAAAGUGACACCUUAUUCAAGGCUUUUAAACAUUUAAAUUUAAAGUUUAAAAAAAAAAGGUACAGACAUUGGGUAAAAUAAAUAAUAUAUCUUGUGAUGCAGCAACUAAUUGUUCAUUGUUAUGUUGAUGCAGGCAGUGAUGCCAUGUAUUGCCUUCUGGAGAUUGUUGCCAUGGUUCCGGAUUUGUUGGCCAGGAAGCUGUUGAAUCAUCUUGAUUGGAUCAAGGUUAGUCAUUCUGGCACAUCUAGUCAUAUCCUACAAAUAUUGGAAGUGGCGUUUAAAAAGGAACCCACCAAAGCUAUAUAAAAAUCUUACUUGAGUUUGGGCUGUUACAGUGAGUGACAAUAGAGUACCUAACCAAAUUUGUUCACAGCCAACCUCUGGAAGAGACUGAAUUGAGCAUUUUUAGGAAAAUCUAUUUACAACUCAACAAAAUACAACUUCAAGGAUUUGUACAACUUUAAGGAAUGGUACAACUUUAAGGAUCGGUACAACUUUUAGGAUUGGUACAACUUUUAGGAUUGGUACAACUUUUAGGAUUGGUACAACUGGAAACAUAUGCAUCUAUUGAAUGUUAGUGGAAUAUAUCAUGUAAGAUAAGAUUCCCCUGAUCUCAAAAUGGGAAAUUCAUUUUUAUGUUAAUAUAUUAUUUUACAAGGAUAAUCUUAGUAUUGUAUUUUAUUUUCUAAAAUAAUUUUUAUUUCUUGAGGUAAAAUUGUUUACCUUGGUAGUCCCUUCGAAGCAGACUUUUUCCUUUUGAACACACUUAUACUCACUAUUAAUGCAUGCCAAAAAUACAUUUCAACACACUUAUGCCAUGUUGUAAAAAGGAUUUGAUUUUCUAUUAAUAAAUCAUGUUUCUCUCAUACUAAAUGCCUGUCAUAUUUUUGUCAGACAUUACUGAGCAGCUCAAAAGAUGACAUCAAACAAUUUGCUGCUGAGCUGUAUGCCAUAGUCAGCUUUAACACCAAGACUGAGUCAGAGUUCAACAAUGAUAUCACAGCCUUUAGGGGAUGUCUUGUUGAUAAGGUAAUACAGACACUUUGCUCAGUUCUCUUGUAUGGAUUGUUGUUGUGUCAAAGAUAUAGGAGCAGAAUUGUCUGUGUCGUGUCAGCAACAAAAAAGAAAGAUUUUGUUCAAGCUCUGAAACGAAGGGAUCAUAAUAAAUUGUUUUGGUUGGUUUGGGAAAAGGAAGGGGGGGGGGGUGUCAAUGGUUCUGUAGUAAUGUGAAAUGUUAAAUUAUCUAUCGUCAGACGCAGUUUUUAAAAGCAACAUUGCACCAAAAUAGGAGCUUUCGCAUGAUGCUUUUUCUUUUUAAAUUAUUUUUUUAGCCUUAAAAGAAUGACCCUAAUAGAAGUUAUUUAAAGUUAAUACAAAAUUAUAAAAAUAUCUAAAUUUCUUUAUUGCAGAAUCCUGAGCUAGGUCUAGGAGCUCUUUUAGCACUGGGCUACUGUAUUGGACUCAGGAUGAAAACUCUCAGGUAAACAUUGUCAUUUGAUUUGUAUACCCUCUGAGUAAACAGUUUUAAAAAUGAUAUGAAUUGUGAGAAGAUUUUAUUAUUCUUUGGGUGUCACUGAAUUAUGAUAUCAUUGGGUGUCACUGAGUUAUGGUAUCAUUGUGUGUCACUGAGUUAUGAUAUCAUUGGGUGUCAUUGAGUUGUGAUAUCAUUUGGUGUCACUGAGUUAUGAUAUCUUUGGGUGUCAUUGAGUUAUGAUAUCUUUGGGUUUCACUGAGUUGUGAUAUCUUUGGGUGUCACUGAGUUGUGAUAUCUUUGGGUGUCACUGAGUUGUGAUAUCUUUGUGUGCCACUGAGUUAUGAUAUCAUUAGGUGUCACUGAGUUAUGGUAUCAUUGUGUGUCACUGAGUUAUGAUAUCAUUGGGUGUCAUUGAGUUGUGAUAUCAUUUGGUGUCACUGAGUUAUGAUAUCUUUGGGUGUCAUUGAGUUAUGAUAUCUUUGGGUUUCACUGAGUUGUGAUAUCUUUGGGUGUCACUGAGUUGUGAUAUCUUUGGGUGUCACUGAGUUAUGGUAUCAUUGUGUGUCACUGAAUUAUGAUAUCAUUGGGUGUCACUGAGUUAUGGUAUCAUUGUGUGUCACUGAAUUAUGAUAUCAUUGGGUGUCACUGAGUUAUGGUAUCAUUGUGUGUCACUGAGUUAUGAUAUCAUUGGGUGUCACUGAGUUGUGAUAUCUUUGGGUGUCACUGAGUUGUGAUAUCUUUGUGUGCCACUGAGUUAUGAUAUCAUUAGGUGUCACUGAGUUAUGGUAUCAUUGUGUGUCACUGAGUUAUGAUAUCAUUGGGUGUCAUUGAGUUGUGAUAUCAUUUGGUGUCACUGAGUUAUGAUAUCUUUGGGUGUCAUUGAGUUAUGAUAUCUUUGGGUUUCACUGAGUUGUGAUAUCUUUGGGUGUCACUGAGUUGUGAUAUCUUUGGGUGUCACUGAGUUGUGAUAUCUUUGUGUGCCACUGAGUUAUGAUAUCAUUAGGUGUCACUGAGUUAUGGUAUCAUUGUGUGUCACUGAGUUAUGAUAUCAUUGGGUGUCAUUGAGUUGUGAUAUCAUUUGGUGUCACUGAGUUAUGAUAUCUUUGGGUGUCAUUGAGUUAUGAUAUCUUUGGGUUUCACUGAGUUGUGAUAUCUUUGGGUGUCACUGAGUUGUGAUAUCUUUGGGUGUCACUGAGUUGUGAUAUCUUUGGGUGCCACUGAGUUAUGAUAUCAUUGGGUGUCACUGAGUUAUGGUAUCAUUGUGUGUCACUGAGUUAUGAUAUCAUUGGGUGUCAUUGAGUUGUGAUAUCAUUUGGUGUCACUGAGUUAUGAUAUCUUUGGGUGUCAUUGAGUUAUGAUAUCUUUGGGUUUCACUGAGUUGUGAUAUCUUUGGGUGUCACUGAGUUGUGAUAUCUUUGGGUGUCACUGAGUUGUGAUAUCUUUGGGUGCCACUGAGUUAUGAUAUCAUUGGGUGUCACUGAGUUAUGAUAUCAUUAUGUGUCAUUGAGUUAUGAUAUCAUUGGGUAUCACUGAGUUAUGAUAUCAUUUGGUGUCACUGAGUUAUGAUAUCUUUGGGUGUCACUGAGUUAUGAUAUCUUUAGGUGUCACUGAGUUGUGAUAUCAUUUGGUGUCACUGAGUUAUGAUAUCAUUGGUGUCACUGAGUUAUGAUAUCAUUGAUGUCACUGAGUUAUGAUAUCAUUGGGUAUCACUGAGUUAUGAUAUCUUUGGGUGUCAUUGAGUUAUUGAUAUCUUUGGGUGUCAUUGAGUUAUUGAGAUCUUUGGGUGUCAUUGAAUUGUGAUAUCUUUGGGUGUCAUUGAGUUAUUGAUAUCUUAGGGUGUCACUGAAUUAUGAUAUCUUUGGGUGUCACUGAGCCAAUGGCAUAUUUAACUAUUUCAGAUCUGCUGCAGUUGAUGACCAGAACAAACAGCUGUUGACUGAAAGUAUUCACGCUAUUGGUAAAUAUUCUUACAUUUUUAAAAUCUAUCCAACAGAUAAAAUGUUUGGGUCAUAUAAUGAAAGUUCAUGUAUUUUAUAAACAGUUGAUAUUUUAUUGAUUAUAAGGAAACAUAUUCUGUUUCUUCAUUUAAUGCUGUGCUGUGCUUUGUUUAUACAGUUGCAUUACUUCACGACACAAACACUGUCAGAAAAUCAACUGCUCUUUUGGCUUUGGUUGAAAUUGGAAGAAAUGGUGCUCUGCCGUUGUUGCCCGGUGAAGAGCCCGUAGCACGCGAUGACACUAUAAACAGUGAAGGCAUCAAUGGGGAUGUGAAAAACAAAGAUCAGACAAAGGAUAAUGCUGAGGUCAGCACAAAACUAUCACUUGUCAACAAGUUGGUGGCGAUAAUCAAGACCAGCAAUGAACUGAACAAGGUUUGUAAUUAACAGCAUAUGGGUACAUCAAGACUUAAGUGUGGUUAUGUUUUCUGGUUAGAAUUAACUUUAAAGGGUCAUCCCAGUUAUUUAAUAUCAAAUGAUAUACAAUAUACAGCUAAAUAAAAAACUGUAAAGCAAUAAAGGUGUCAUCCAUUUAUUUAAUAUCAAAUGCUAUACAGAAUAAAGCUAAUUAAAACACUGAAAGUGUCAAGAAUCAAUUUUAAUGUUACAAUUUUCAUUGAUCUCUUUUUGCAUGAGUCUUGAUAGUCAAUGUAAGUUGCAUAAUACAAAGUAAUGUUAGUAACACUCUAUGCAUAAUGUCAACAAACACCAGACCAAAGAAAGAGCGGCUGCUUGUUUGGGAGACAUCUGUGUUGGUGACCGGGAUUUCCCACACAAGAGAAAAGCAAUGGAGGAUCUGAUUAAUGCCAUCCAGGUAAUGUUAAACUCCAUCUGAUUAAUGCCAUCCUGUUAAUGUUAAACUCAAAUUUAAAAAGCUAGACUAAAAAUAUCUGUUGGAAAAUCCCUUUCUUUGAAAAGUAUAAAAUACAUUUUGCACACAAACAGCCAGUCAAAUUUUUAUUUUUUUCGAAAUUACUUGUAAAAUAAAAUCCUUAAAUGUCUUAGAGUCAUUUUUAAAAAAAUGAUUUAGUGAUUAGAUUCAAAUAUUUAUUUUGAAGAUGACAUUUUGUGUAAAAUAUCCCUUGAGAAGAAUGUAUGAAUGAUUGUUGACAUUAAAAGGAUUCUUCCUUUUCAUUCUAAACAUGUUGUAUUUUGUCUCAGUCCAAACAAGUGGAGCUUCAGUUCACCAUAGGACAAGCUCUUGUCGACAUGGCCAUGGGACCCAGCUCCCCGAGGGCAAGGUGCAUCUGGACAACUACUAAAGAAGAUCAUCAGGUGAUCAAAGUUUGUUUACAAAUUUUGUCCACUUAGAAUCUCGUUAAUGCCUUGAGAGAGUUGAUUGUUUUAGAAAUGGUUGCGUAAUGUAUCAAAUCUUGAUAUGUUUAAUUCCUUUUUUUAAAAAUGGUUUCCAAACAUGUGAAUUUAUUUUUCGUUUGCCUAUAAGUGAUAAUUUAAUAAUUUUUUGUUUUUAGAAAAGUGUGUCUAAUGAUAAUGAUGAGGUGCCCUGGUUUCUUACACAACUGCUUUCAAAAUACAUCUGUCACGCCAAUCCAUAUUUGAGACAGGUAACAUGUAUGCUGUGUAAAUGACUGAUACACAUAUAUUUACACUCACAUAAAAUAGGUUUGGUCUUUUUACUAAAAUUGUUAUUCUUUGUGUUAUUAUUAAACACUUAUUUUAACAAGUUAUUUUUUAACAAUGGCGAUCACAAGUUUUUAACUUUGCUCUGUUUCUCGUCUUGUUUGCUGAGGAAGGCUCUUAGCAGAAACAUUCACAUCUUAUUGCCCUGUAUUUUGAUUCACGCUUCCGCAUAUCUUGUUCUACUAUUUCAUUAUUAUUUGAAAUAGAAAAUAAAAUCAAAAUUGAACUUUUGAAGAAAAUAAAAAUUAAAAAAUUAACGUGAUCCAUAAAUGUUGUGACUAGCGCAAUGUCAAUAACUUUUCAGGGAGCUUGUGUCUGGCUCUUAACUCUCGUCCGCCAGUCUGGUCAACACAGUGCAAUCCAAAAAUCUCUCUUAGACAUACAGAGAGGAUUUAUGAGAAUGUUGUCUGAAAAUGAUGGUAAGUUGAAGCAUAGUUUUAAUUAUUCCAUUACAUUUGUAUAUUUUUUAUUUAAAGUGGUAGGUUUAAAAAUAGUGUCACUUCUUCUAUUAUACUACUUUAUAAUUAUUAUUAUGAAGUCCUUAAAUCUGCUUUAGAUAUAGAUAAAUGUCUGUUAAAAGUUAUUUGCAUUUCAUAAACUUGACCUGUAAUUGAUAAUAAUAAAAUCUUUUUAUUUUUCUUUGUUACAUUAGCAACAUUUUACCUUUCCAGUUUAAUUGAUAAGUAAGAUAGAUGUUAGAAUAUUUCCAUUCCUACAUCUAAAGCUUGUGUGAAAAAAUGGUUAGUUGCCAUUUUUAUAAAAAUCUUUCAUUUUAAAAAAGAAAUCAACAGAAAAAUGAUGUUUUGUAUAGUCAGAAGAUGCAAUUUAUUGAUUAUUUUAAGUGUAACAUUUACUACCUGAUUUGUUUCUAUUUUAGAAAUCACUCAAGAUCUUGCCAGUAAAGGUCUGGGUCAGAUCAUGGAGGUCUGCUCUCCAUCUGAGAAAGAUGCUCUUGUCUCUGAACUUGUGGAAACUCUCAUGACUGGGAAAAGGUUAGUAACUUGACGCUUGGUGAUUUAACAUUUUUUAAAAUAAUACUCGUUUUUUUUUCAUUUAAAAAAUAUAUCUUAAUUUAUCACAAGAAUUAUUUCACUUAUCAAUGAUCAUAUUAAUUACAUCCAAUCAAAAGAACUAACACAGAUAUUCACUUAGACAUUUAUUUAGUUUUAUUCUAUUGUAAACACAUGAAGUUAUUAGCUGAAAUAAUUUCAUCUCCUCAGUGCUAAAAAUGAAGUGAGUGCAGAUACAACAGUAUUCCAAAGUGGAGCUCUUGGGAAAGCACCUGACGGGUGAGACCUCUAUCCACCUAUUUAUUCUUAUGAUAUGCCACAAAUUACCAAUGUGCAUUGAGAUUAUAUUGAUCAAUUAGUAAACGGAUCCAUGUCAAUGCUGUGUGGUAAGAAUCGCUAACAGUAAUUUUUGUUUUUUCCCAGUGCUGGCCUGUCCACUUACAAAGAAUUGUGUGCCAUUGCUACAGAUCUCAACCAGCCUGACCUCAUCUACAAGUUCAUGCACUUGGCCAACCACAAUGCCACAUGGAAUGCUCGAAAGGUUUGUACUACUUUCUAAUUCAAAUCUCCUUCUUUCAUGUUGUCUUCUUCUUAAACUUCUGCUUAAGGAAAAUAUUGAAGUCUGCAGUUUUUAAAAAAAAGAAAAUUUUCUCAACAUAGCUCAUUUGAAAUAUGACCAAGAGAAAUUUUAUUCUUCAUUAGAAUUUUAGGUACCAGUAAUGCAUGACUUGUUCAUUAAGGCAAAAUAAAUCAAUUGAAUGCUGGUAUGCUAGCUAAUCACUAUUUUAUAUUUCUUAUAACAACAAAAAACACACUUUUUCAUUUGCCUGUGAUUUCAUUAGCCUUUACAUCUCAAGACAAGUUUCCUUAAUCAUAUCUAGCUAUUAUAAUAACAAUUCAGGUUGUGACUGAGAGCACUAAUACUUGUCAUAAUAAUGCACAUCAUCUUGACAGGGGGCAGCCUUUGGAUUCUCCAUCAUCGCAGCCCAGGCCAGUGAACAACUGGCCCCAUACAUGACUCAGAUUGUCCCUCGUCUUUACCGCUACCAGUUUGAUCCUAAUCCCAAGAUCCAACAAGCCAUGUCCAGUAUUUGGAAUGCUCUGGUUCAAGACAAUAAAAAUACAGUAAGUAAUUCAAGGAUGCCAUCAACGGAUUAUUAUAUCGGGAACACAAAAAGAGGAAGCCAAUAUACAAUUAUUGAUUAUUUUUAGUAUUUAUUUUUAAUGGAUUGCCUUUUUUUUUUUUUUUUAAGUUUUUUAAGCAAUCCCUCCCUUUUAAAGUUUUCCGGCCUUUUUUUCUUUUUUUCAGAAAGGUCACAUGCAAAUACAUGGCUCUAAAUUUCUGUUGUUUGAACAGGUGGACACUUAUUUAAAGCAAAUUGUAGAUGACCUGUUGAAAAACCUGACCAGCAAUCAGUGGAGGAUAAGAGAAUCAAGGUAACUGCUGCUAGACACAAUCUUUAGCAAAUAUCACAUUGAACUUUGCUCAGUGCAGAUUUACUGAUUAUUUGUUGAAUUAGUUGAAAACAGUGUCCCAUUUUAAACCAGUAUGAAUACAUGAUUGAGCAUGCCAUGAUUGAUUGACUUUCUUUAUGUUACCAUACCUCACAAGUGUGUAAUAGCAAGAUAUUGAAGCAUGAAUUCAGUUUAGGACACUGAUAUUCACAAAAGUGUAUAAUGUCAAGAUAUUCAAGCAUGAAUUCAGUUGUUUACCUCUAAGACACCGAUACUCAUGAUUAAAUUGCUAAUAUUUCUCAUGCUAGCUGCCUUGCCGUCAGUGACUUGUUAAGGGGGCGUGUCCUGGACAACAUAAUUGAUGACAUCCCUCAACUUUGGGAGACUUGUCUCAGAGUCAGAGAUGAUAUUAAAGUAAGCUCUUUUUCAACUGACAAAAAUAAAUGAGUAACAUAAUACCAGCAGACAUGCUCAAUGGUGAAAUGUUAUUUGUCCAAUGAUAUAAAUAGAAUAUAAGGUAAUAAUUUAAUUAUUAUAAUACUAAACAUAAACAUUGCUGUGCAUCUCAAUUUUACAACCUAAAAAACAAUUUUUGGUUUUAAGAAUUUUUUUUGUCUGGCAAGAUGAGGUGAAAGAAAAAAACUUGGGAUGAUUUUAGUGUCCACACCUUAUGUAAAAUAUCAAGCAGGUUCAAUACCUCUAAAGAAAAGACAGCAACAAAGAAAACAUUUUUGUUUGAUUUAAAAAAAAUAUACAGUGGAUCCUCUCAUAACGAGCAUAAUUAGUUCCAGAAUCUUACUCGUUAAGCGAAACACUCGUCAAAUGAAACAAUUUUUCCCAUACAAAUCAAUGUAAAAUACGAUAAUGCGUUCCAUGCUGAAAAAAUACUCAUUUUUCAAACAUUUUUAUUAACAUUUAUUCAAAUAAAAUUACUUAUGAAUUGUUAAGGAGUGUAACAACUUGGAAUACAAUUAAGGUUUCAAACAAAAAACGUAAAUAAAAAUAUUAAUUUAUGACAAAUAAUUAUUCCUUUUUAACUAGAAAACUGUCUAAAGACAUUUGUUUUUGCAGACGCUUCAAAAUUUGAAGAAAAUGUGUCACAGCAUUAUCAUUGAAUAAAUUUGUAGCAUGAAUAGCCACCUCCUUAUUAGGGUGAUGCUUCUCAAAGUACAAUGCAACAGUUUCCCAUGCUUUCAGCAUUUCUCUUAUUGUGCUAGAAGAUUGUUGCUCUGCUACUUCUUCCUCAAUUAAUGAGCUCUCCUCCAUAAUUUCUUGCUGUGAAACACGAUGCAACUCCAUAAGCUCUUCGGUGGUCAACUCUUGACUGUGCUCUUUCACAAGCUCUUCAAUAUCGUUGUUGUCCACCUCGAGUCCCAUGAUAUUGGUCAAUGACACAAUCUCAUUAACUGUAGACUCCACAGGUACUGUUUCACAAUCACAUUCAACAACGCUCUCUGGCCAAAAUUUUUUUCCAAACAGAAGUGAGAGAAAAAGGGACUUCCCCUUUCUGCAUAACUCGUGAUGCGAAAUGUCGCUCGUUAAGGGAGCAACUUCUUCACAUUUUUUUGCUCGUUAUGCGAAUUACUCGUUAUGAGAGGUGCUCGUUAUGAGAGGUUCCACUGUAUAUUUAUUAAAUGGAGAGAAAAAAUUAAUGCUACUCUUAUAUGCUUAAAUGAGUUUAAUUUUUUAACAUUUAUUAUUUCAGCUAAGUUUUGCUCGUGUUUCUAAAUCUUGAAUCUUUUGUUGUUCAGUAAACAUUAUAACUGAUCAUCUUUCAAUUUUACUACCUUGAUGAUUAUUUUCAAUUAUGUGCAAAUGAAACUCUUUUCUAUGACCAUAUUUACUACCCAUAUUUGUUAUAACACAUCAUUUUUUGUGUUAUCUCAGGAGUCUGUACGUAUCGCUGCAGAGUCUGCCUGCAAUACUUUAAGCAAGGUAAGACAUCCUUUUUUGUUUUGUAUAACGCAUAAAUAAAAACCAGCCAGAACAGCCAAAACAUUGUAAAAAGCAAUUUGAAACACGAGGGAAGAAGAACUGAGAGUAAACUUUUUAUAACAAUCAUGUUCCAGACACACAUAGUAAUGUUGUAUCAAUCAAAGAAAUGGCAAGAGGAAAGCAUGCAGUCUCCAGACACACAUAGUAAUGUUGUCAAGAGGAGAGCAUGCAGUCUCCAGACUCAUGUAGUAAUGUUUUAUCAAUCAAAGAAAUGUCAAGAGGAGAGCAUGCAGUCUCCAGGCACACAUAGUAAUGUUGUCAAGGGGAGAGCAUGCAGUCUCCAGACACAUGAAGUAGUGUAAUCUCAGUCAGUAAUGUUGUAUAAAACAGUAAUGUUGUGUCAAUCAAAAAACUGUCAGCAGCAUGUUCCAGACACAAUAGAAAUGUUGUGUAUCAAUCAAUCAGUCAUGUUGCAUCAAUAAAAAAACUAUCGAGAGAGAGCCUGCAGUCUCCAGACACACAUAGUAAUGUUGUAUCAAUCAAAGAACUGUCAAGAGGGGGAGCAUGCAGUCUCCAGUCAAUGUGAUUGUUUCUAUCCAUAGUUAGUUGACCUGGCCUCCUAUCUCUGAAUCCUGAAAUAAUGUUUAACAGUAAUUGAAAUACUGUGCAAUGAGUUGGAUGUCAGUAAAUGUAUUUACUAAGGUAACAUUCUUACCAUGCUAGAGAAUCAUGGACCAACUAAAUGUAUAUACUAAGGUAACUAUAUUACCAUGCUAGAAAAUCAUGGACCAACUCAUCCAACAUUAUUUUUAUCUCUGAGUGAUUCCAGAUUUUUGUUUAGUUAUUUUUUUUCGCAGGUGUCAGUCAAAAUCUGUGAUGUGAGUAAUGGCAAGAUGGGAGAGAAGGCCACCAAGUUGAUUCUGCCAUGCUUACUUCAGUGUUCACUAAACAGUACUGUGACAGAGGUCAGGAAGAUUGGGUGAGUCUAUGUGUUAGAGGUCAAGGGGUUUAAAUAAGUUUUUGUGUCAAAGGUCAUGGUUGUUAGGCAAUUGAGUGAAUCAGAAGUAAGUAUGAUUUGGGUAAGUUUAUGUUCCCAGACGUUUAAUCCAGCUGCCCAAUAUCCAAAUAAAAACUUGUUUGCUGUAUUCCUCUAAUGCUACCCAUUAUCAAUAAGGUUACUUCAAGCCAUGACAGUUUUAUUUAUAAUCAGUGUAAAUGGUAAAACACAUGUACCAAAGUCAAACAUUUUUUCAAAUAUAUCUCUCUUCUUAUUGCAACUUCGUGAAAUUUAUAAAUAACUAUGUUAUUAAACAAUAUUGAGCUACCAAAACAGUGUAGCCAUUAUUACUGCAAAUAACAUUGUGUUCCCACAUACCUAGACCCUAAAUGAAUAACUGAGGGGAGGUUCGAGCGUCACAGGUGGCCAGCUAGCAUUUGAUCUCUGCUGAUUCAUUGAAACAUCUCAUUUCUGUUUGAACUCAGGCUGUCAACAAUUCUCCAGAUAAGUCGUGGUGCCGGCGCCCUUCUAAAGCCCAACAUCCCGGUUCUAGUGACGGCAUUGUUGGAGGCUGUCAGUGGCCUGGAACCGUCAGUUAUAAACUAUCUGAGUCUACAUGUGGGCACGCAGGCAACACAAGACAAGGUAAGUCAGUAUUUUAACAUGUCCGUAGACACAUAGGGGAGAGAACUUCUAUUUUAAAGAUCACAUUUAUUUGUCCCCUCAUUAGCUUCUGCCAAAGUUGUCUGUGGUGGAGUCUACUCAUUUUGUGGCAAAACGGCUUCUACCAAAGUUGUCUGUGGUGGAGUCUAUGCAUUUUGUGGCAAAACAGCUUCUACCAAAGUUGUCUGUGGUGUGGUCUACGCAUUCUAUGGCAGAACAGCGUCUUCCUAAGUUGUCUGUGGUGGAGUCUAUGCAUUUUAUGGCAAAACAGCUUCCCCCAAGUUGUCUGGUGCAUUCUAUGCAUUUGAUGGCUGAAGAAAUUGCAUAACGCAGGGAUUUUAGAAUGUGCCAUAUGUGUUCUCCUUUAUUAAUAAGAGGUGCCUUUGCUGGUUAUGCCAUGUAAAGAGAAUGAAGAAUUGGCAGAGGUGGCAAGACAUUGGAAAGCGGCCCCUGUUGCUAUAAUGAUGUGUGUAAAAGAAACACGAGGGAAGCCAACAUUGAAAUUGGUGAACGGGUGUGUAAGGCUAAUCACUGUUUCGGAUGGGCGGACUGCAUUGAUUAUGGAAAGCCAUCAGAUGCGAAAUAAUGCCCUUGUUAGCAAAAAGAGCAAUCUAGAAAGCCAAAGAAAACUGGCCGUCAAGGUUCUCCUGUGAGAAGUAUAGCCAAGACUGCCACUCUGAGAUCAGCCUGAAAAGCCACUUGAGAAAGGGGAAAUAACACAGACACCGCACCAUCAUCUCAGGAAGGCAGAAAGAUGACAACAAUAACAACACUGAUGUUUUUUCCAGUUAUUUUGUUCUGACACAAAAAAUAUUAAUUUUCAUAGUAAGAACAUUUAAAUUCUUUUUUACAAUAUUAAAAUUUCUUCUUGUUAUAAGUAUCAAGUACUUUAACAAUGACUAAUGUUUUCAAUUAAAUAUCCAUUUCUCUCCACAGCUGGACAGUGCAAGAAUUGCAGCUUCAAAAAUGUCUCCCAUGAUGGAAACGGUCAACAGGGUAACAACUGACAUUAAUUGAUGCCUAUACUUUAUUAACUAUUUACAUCAGCUGAGUCUGUUCGUGGAUUGCUCUAAGUGGAAGAAUGCGUGGUGAAGCAGGCCAGAGUCCUCCAUGGGCUGUGGUGAUAUGAUCUAUCAAAUAUUUAUUCAUGAAAUACCUCUUAAAAUAUAUUGAAGCUUAGUUUUCCAAUGGUAUUUUUUUAAGCUAUUUAAAAGUUGUUUUGACUAUUAUUGCUAUGAGUGCGGACAUGAUGUUAACAGUUCAUGUUGUUGUAUUGGUAGUGUGUACAGUAUGUAGACAGUACAGUUUUGACAGAGUUGAUUCCAAGACUGGUUGAACUCAUCAAAGGAGGAAUAGGAGUCAGCACCAAGGUUGGUCCUUUAUUACUAAGCUGAUAUUCUUUUAUUCCUUUGUAUUGAUUGUUGGAUCCCAACAUGAUUUAUCAUUCAGACAUUGUAAUUUAGAAUAGUAUAUCAUUUUCAGAAAAUAUGUUUUAGUUGCAAUCAGGGUUUCUUUCAGCUAUAUCUCAAGAGGGGGGGGGGNCUCAACACCAUGAACCAACUUCAUACUCUGACCUCAUGACUCACAACUCACAAAAACACUCUCACAAUCAACAACCCGCGCCCCCCCCCCCCCCCCCCAAAAAAAAAUAAAUAAAUCAGAAGUGCAGAGAGGGGGGGGGGAAUUUCUGAAAUAAUCAGGUUGCUAUGCAUUUACCACUUGUUUCUUUACCACAUGCUUUUUUCAAUACCUACACUAUAGGCUGGAUGCUCCAGUUUUGUGGUAUCUCUGGUUCACCAAUGUCCACAAGAUCUCACUCCUUACACAGGUAAAUGCACUUUGGUUUUUCUGUCCACAAAAUCUCAUUACUUACACAUAUUAAUACUACUGUGUUGCUUUCAAUAUUUGGAUUAGACAUUACAUCACUUCUUGCCAGCAGAGCAGUGGUGUGACUUUUGGAGGCCCCCAACCACUUUUCAGUUUUGAGUCACUCUGCAUUCAAAGUUGAAAUUUCCUCAUCACAAUUAAAUAUCCAUGUGACAUCCUUGCUUGCCACCAACACAAAAGUAAGAAUGUUCGCACAAUUACUUUAACCACCAAACCAAAGUCAUUAACAGACUCCAUUGGAUGCAUCAAAAGCUUGUUGAAUUUGGUGCAGAGCUGAAUACUUGCAAAAAUGCUGUAAUAUAAUAAAGGGUAUAUUUACUAGAAAACUACAAUAAUAACAAACUUUUUUAAAAAAGUUAUAAUCUUCCACCAUAUAAGUUUGAUGUUGGGAUUUCUUCAAUACACUCUAUUUUAGUAUUCAAAAAUAGCAAAUUCAAACCACAUUGUCUUCUUUAUUUCAUCAGGAAAACUGUUGGCGGCAUUCUUGCAUGGUUUGAAUGACAGAAAUGCAACAAUCAGAAAAGCAAAUGCAACAGCCAUAGGUCAUUUGGUUAGGGUAAGGAAAAAUGUAAAAAAAAUUUCAUCUGACAAAAAGUUUGUUUAAACCAGGGGUCACCAAACUUUUUUCACGACGGGCGAUAACGGGGGGAAAAAAUGACGAGCCCGGGCCGGAUAAUCAUUCUGUACAAUACUUGCAAGCCAGAACGAAAGCUCUGGGGAAAAGACGAAAAACUAAGUUUAGUAUUCAAUGUUAAUCUUGGGUGAGUGGCGUGCAAAAGCAAAGACAACCAACAUAUUUAUUUACUAAAAAUGUUAGCAAAGAAGGCGACGUUAGCAAAAAGAUAAUUACAUCAGACCUAGUUUGCAAAUAUUUGAAUCUCACAAACUAAGUAGCAAAAAAGGUUAGCGAGAUUUGUGAAACUGAUGUUUGGCUUUCAAGAUAUCAUCAAUGUUUGGUUUGGUAUUGCUGCAUCCAAUCAAAAAAAUUAUUUUCAAAUUUCCAUCAAUCCCUCUCGUUCGAUGAAUUGACUUCACAUACUUUAUUUUUGAAAAUGUUUGCUCACAGACAUAAGUUGUUCCAUGCAUGCUGCAAACGUGUGCCAACUCUUCCAUUAUCUGAAAGUCCUGACACCACAAAUAAACACGAGAAUUUGUGAGAGAUCAUUAGACUCAUCCAGAGAGUACCACAUCAAGUUCCUAUCUUUCUCACCUAUCUCUAGCACUAUGUUCUCUCCAAAGUCUUCUGUUCUGUGCAUAAUUAAACUUGCCGAAGGGCUCUUAGUUCCAACCGAGGCGACUAUGAUUAUUAAUUUCCCCGUAUGUUUCCAACUCUCCUCUUUCUUUCACCCAUUUACUAAUAACAUCACAUUGGGAAAUGGCGUCGGUGGGUCGUUGAGUGCGAGCUCAUAAUACCCCCCAACCCCCCGGCACACCUCCACAUGGGCCAGUUCUCAGGGCCGCGUAGCUAAAAUCAUCAGUAUGGGUUUUAACCGCCACCCAGACCUCAUAUCCAUUAACGUCAACAAGUAAUCAUGUUAUUGCAUUACUCCCGUUGAGUUGGAAGUCAUGCAAGUGACCGGGGUUUUUGGCUUCGGGAGAGCAGACCUCCCUACUAGACUGGCACGCCAUGAAGAGGCAAACCCCAUGGGACACCACCAAAUUGCCUCGGCGGUGCAGGUCCGUGACUGAGAGGCGUUCAGUCAGAUCCCCCCCAGAUCACCCAUUUACUACGCAGUUUGGGGUAAUUAUCAGACUAUAAUAUAUUAGCGGGAAUAUGCUUAAUGGAAAUUGAUUCCUAAAAAAAAAAACCUCAGGUCACAUGGUAGGUUUUUUAAAUGAUGUUAUCAUUUGUUAAUUAAAUCUUAUAUAAAUUCAUCUUGUUUUAUGCUGAUCUGAGUUUGAGUUUGAAUCACAUUAAAUUUCACCAGUAACUUUAUUUUUACCAAUGACAGACUGUAUCAUGUUUAUUGGGCAGUAAUUUAUCAUCAAAUAUAUUAUAGUUUAUUAUUUAUCCUGUGCAUUGAUUAGUUGCAAGAAAAAGCUAGAACCAAUUAGACAACCACUCCUAACAUGAUUUAGUCAUGUCAAAAAUUUAGUUAAAAUAAAUCAAUUAUCAAGUGCUAACAAUAUAAUAAUCUUUACAUAAAAUAAUUUUUAAAUGGCUGUUUUAAUGUCAGUUUUGAUAAUUAAACUAGGAAAACUAAAUUGCAAAUGUAAUUUUUGUUCAAAUUAAUAUUUUCUCUAAUUUCAUCAGACAUUCCCCAUGUUAAAAUAUCAAAGAUUUGUCAGACCUCUCAUCCAAUUGUUUUAAGCUUAGAUCACAUAUUAAUUCAGCUAUUAAAAAAAAUCAGAUUAUGUGUUACAAUAAACUGAACCUCUCUCCCCCUUGUUAUCUUGAUAAAGAUUUCUUCUGUUUCCAUCUGUAGGAUGACACAUUUCUAAGUCUGCUAAACACUAGUGGCUGGACUCCUCCUAUUCUUAUACUGGGACAAUGUCUACAAUGAUUACACCUAAACUCAAACAACUGUUUCAUGUAGAAUUCCUAAUGCAGCUUUAGUACCAAUGAACUAUAAUAAUAUAAUAAUGUAUACAUUAUAUUCAUUCAUAAUUUAUUUAUUUACUUGGCAGCAUGUUUUGAACACAUGUUUUCUAAUGUUAUCUUUCAAGGUGGCCAAAGAUAGUAGUGUGGAAAAAUUGAUUGAAAAACUCAAGACCUGGUAUCUGGAGGGUGAAGGUAAGAGAUUUCUAUCAAAGUCUCUUAGAGAAUAUUGCUAUUCGGGCCAUUUUAUUUUUAUUUUAAUUUUGUCAACUUAAAUGAAAAUAUAAUUUAUUUAUUUAGUAAACGGUGGUGCACAAACCCUUUUAUUUUGUUAUUCCUGAUUAGAAUAAUUCAAUAUUUUUCAGGCACCAACACCCGCCACGCCUGCAGUGUUACACUCCAUGCCAUCUCACAUCACAGCCCAGAUUGUCUACGGCGGCAUGCAAAUCUGGCCAUGCCUCUAGCAUUCUUUGCCAUGCAUGAAGAAGUCAAAAAGGAAGAUGGAGGAAGUAAGGCUGAAGAGUCUUCGGAAUGGGAGGACGUGUGGAAUGAAAUUACACCAGGUUUGUUUGCAGACCAAAUGAGGCUAGGGCCAAUAGGAAACUUUAAGUUAUAACACUUCCGCAAGUAACUAACUCUUAUAUCGACUUACUGGGUAUUGCAUGUAGUAAAUAAUUUGGUAAUGGAUGCAGUUUAGUUCAUAUUUUCAGGAUACACACAAAUGGAUACAACAAUUAGUUUAUUUAAGAUGACAUUUUAGUAUUCUAAAUGCAUUCAUAACGUUUCAUAACAAGACACUAUGGUCAGGGUGUACACAAGACUCUAUGGUCAGGGUGUACACAAGACUCUAUGGUCAGAAUCUGUUGGAAGUAUCAUUUAAUGCAGCCUCAUUGCUAACUAUUGAAUGAAUUAAACAUUGAGAAUCUAUGUUUCAUAAGUUAAUUAUCAUUCAUGAAGAAAGCAGAUUUGUUAAAUUGUGUGCACAGGGAGAUUGUCUAUAGUUUACUGUGACAUCAUGUCAUGUGGAUAUAAAGCUGACAUCAUGUCCUGUGGAUAUAAAGCUGACAUUGUGUCUUGUGGCUUACUCUGACACUGUGUCAUGUGGAUAUAAAGUAGGGUGACCAAAUCAUGAACUGGAAAAAAGGACACACCCAAGGAGGGUUUGGGAGGAUACCGUUUAGCUAAAGAGGGCUCCGGGGGCCUCCGCCGGAAACUGUUUAUUGAAAUAUGCUCAUUUUACUAGUUUGAGACCAAGAAAUCUUUUUUUAUUUACCUUCACUUUUGUAAUUUAAUUUAAACUCUGAGGCAUAUCAUAAACGAAAACAAUAUUUUUUAUGUGAAUACUUAUUUAUUUAUACAUGUAAGAUGUUUGGCAGGGAUACUGUUGUUUACGAAGCGUCUGCAGAGUGGUGGAGGGGGGAACAGUGCAGCCAUCACGCAAGCCCACAUCACUACUAAGAUGUUUGGCAGGGAUACUGUCGUUUACGAAGCGUCUGCAGAGUGGUGGAGGGGGGAACAGUGCAGCCAUCACGCAAGCCCACAUCACUACUGGCACUGGCUACACAGUAUUACUUGAAGUUAUAUUAUAAAUUAUGAAGUUUUAGUGAUUUGAAAAUGUGUUUGGUUUUAGAAACGAGACAUUUAGGCGUCCUGAGAGACUUUUUCAGGACACCAGGUACAAUCGUGAAAAAAAUGGGAUAAUCCUGUUUUCACGGGACGUUUGGUCACCCUAAUAUAAAGGAAAAAAUGGUUGAUGUACGAAACCAUUAUUUGUUGCAAAAAUUGCUUAUUAAUAAUUUAUUUUGGGAAAUUUAAAAAAACUGAGCCUUUCAAGACUGAAAACAAUGAAUGCAAUGCAGUGAAAACACAUUUCUAGUAUUUGGGUAAAAAAGUGCAUCAUAUUUCUUAUUAAAUGUCUAACUCAUCUUGUAUCUUAUGUUUUAUCUCAUCUUGUAUCUUAUCUCAUCUUGUAUGACUAAUUUUUAUGAUUGUUCCUGUUGAUUACUUCACUUAGGAACUGAGGGAGGCAUCCGACUGUACCUGCCAGAGAUUGUGGACCUGCUGUCAUCAUCCAUGCAGUCACCCGGAUGGUCGGUUAAAGCUCAGGCCGCCAAGGCGAUGGCAACUGUUGCUCAAAAGUUGGGUGGUCAGCUAGGGCAGCCGUGCUUGGGACGAAUUUUGUCUGCUCUUUUAGAAGGCUUAUCUGGGAGAACAUGGGAAGGAAAGGUAAUUAUACGGACUUGUUUGUGUUGAAAGUGAUGCUUUAAUUAGAUCAUAUUUGACACUUAAAAUAUUUGUACAAGAUUUAGAAAUUAAAAUAUAACUGUUGAAAAUUGCCCAAAUUCUGUACAUUUCAGGAAGCUGUUUUAAAGGCUGUCUGCACUGUUUGCACGUCCUGCAGGUAAAUUUGAGAAGAUGAUGAUUAGCUUAUUUUCUUUUUGUUAUCUCGGUAGUACAAGUAUGCAAGUAGCACGAGUAAAUUAGUAGUUAAUGCUAGUGGCAGAUGAGGCUGAUCAUGAUAAAAAGAAAAAUUUCUCAAAAACUUGGAAAGCCAAGCUAAUAAAGCUCAUAACAUAGCAGCUUUUAAAAAAACGUUGGAUUUUUCAAUUUAAAAAAAAUUGCAAUCUUGUGAGUUUAGCAAUAAACAUCAGUUAUGAAAAAGCAUUUUUGAUUAAAACAAAAAAAAAAGUACCUUUUUGUGAGCAAACCAGGUUCCUUUAGGACAUGGUAAAGUUUAUUCACAAAACACAUUAUAUUCCUAUUUUAUUCUUGUCUAAAAAUGAUUUAAUUCUCUAAAUGCUGUAUGUAAUUUUUUGUAAAAAGUUGAAUAAUCCCAAAACCCCCAAAAAUGGAUAUAUAGCAUUUUAAAAAUCAGCUCUUCAAUAUGUAGUUAGGUAUUGUCAAGGUGGGGCCUUGCAUGUUGGUCAGGAAUGAGAAGGAAAAAAAAAAACUUUUUAAAAAUUCUGUAUAAAAUUAGUUUACAUAAUUUCAAAAAAGAAAAAAAUAACAAACAAAAAGUUUAUAUUUGAAGUAAUUAAUGUAAACUGUUUUUUUAUCUCCAGAAUCUUAAUUUCUAUGCUAUUAACAAAAUCCUUUUUUCAUUCAUAUUAAAUCCACAGAGCUGAAAUUCUCAAAUGUAAUUUACAGACGGCAAAUGAGCUUAGUAUUGAACAAGUGGGUAGUUCUCUAAAUAGUUUUUUUUUUAAAAAUAAAUUGUGAUCAAAACAUUUAAGCUACACAUUUUAAUUACUUAUAAACCCUGAAAUUAUUUAUGCAGAACUUUGAUGUUUCAUUUAUUCUCACAAUAUCAGAAAAUCAAAUAAAUAAAGAAUUAUGUUAGCGACUUGCAUCUGUCAAUUCUUUGUCCAUCAGAUUUUAACUGUUGUUUUACGAGAAUGUGGCAAGGAACAACCGGUCUACAAAAUGGCUGCCAUGAAAUGUCUAGGCGCCAUCUUGGAGUUGUAUCAGUUAGAUCAUUUCAAUGCUGUGUGGCAGAUGACUCAGUCUAUUACUGCACAGGUUAGUCAGUCUAUUAAUGCACAGGUUAGUCAGUCUAUUACUGCACAGGUUAGUCAAUAAUUGACCAAGUUUGGAGAUGGAGAAAUAAUUCCAUAGUGAACUGUAGGAUUAAAAUCAGUUUUUAAGCAUAGUGCAUAUACAUUAUAACAAACAACCAGGAAGCACAUAAAUUGAAAUAAUAAAGAUAUUACAUAAUGCUAAUUCCAUUUCUUUAUGACCAUAAACUACAACUGAAUGAUAAAACACAAGGUCUGAUUAUGAAUGACUUGAAAUAUGCCAUUCCAGAAUGGACUCUGUGGGUGGAAAAAUACUGGCCGAAAUUAUUCUUGAUAUAUUUUAAUAGAAAUAAUCAAGUCAAAAUUUUUGAAAACUUUUUUCUAAUUCUGUAUAUAUUUUAUUUGCAGAUAUCAAGUACCAGUAGACCUGAGGAAGAGGAAGAUUCAAGUGCCAGCCAAAAGCAAGAACUGCUGACAUGCGCCUUCACAUUGCUAGGAGAGGCUUGGCCACUAGACCAGAACACACAAGGUACUUAUAAUUAUCAUACCUUCAAGAGAUGUCAUACAGGUGACUUAAAGGACAUUAAGAAAGACAAAAGGUUGUUUGUUUCUGCUUUCAAUUUUUAAAGAAUUGUCUACAAACUGAAAUAUAAAAUUGUGGGCGAAAUUUGACAAAUAUUUAUUUUUUACUGUCCAGAUCGAAGAUUCAGCUUUUUACAAAUUGUAUAGGUUUUGUUUUUUAAUUUUUUUCUUUCAAUAAAAGUUUUAAAAAGGAUACCUAAAGUUUUAAGAUUACUAAACAAAAACAUUCACAAUCCUUUAUUGCAAAUAUCUCUCUGUACCGUAUCAAACAAGCUAACAAUAUUGGGGACACACAAUUUUGCUUAACAGAAUUAUAUUUCUGUGCAUUUUAUAUUAAAUCACCUUGUGUUUAUAACACAGAAGUGCUAUUUCCAAGUUUUAUUUUAAUAAUCCGUUUUGGUCGAAAAAUAAUUACAUUUUUUAAAGGAUUUAAGUAUUUUUACUUUAUUUUUUCCAGAUGCUUUUUUAAAUCAGUUUGUUGAUCUGCUGUGUGAUGCCAUUCCUCUAACCACAUGGAAAGUUCAAAUUAUCAUCUUAAAGGAUGUGCAAAAACUUAUUGAAAGGUAAAAAAAAAAUAUUGAAUAGAUAUUCUGCCACAUAAUUUUAGUAUUUUCCAGGAAAUUAUCAUAUAAAUCUUCAUAUAUUCUAUAUAUAGGUUAAUGAAAAUCCAUCUUAAUAAAAUCUUGUGUAAAUUUCUUUUAUUUAUGUUUAAAUCAGUCAUCUCCUGGAUAAAAGAGUUGACAAAAUUGUAAUUAUCUCUUUCGUUUAUAACAGGUUGGUCAUUCUGAGGAAAGAAAAUCUGGCCAUGAACAGAGAAAAAGCAGCAGCAUUAAUAAAUAAACUAUUACUUGCUUCUUUUGCUAACAUCAGUAAGAAAUUAUCCGUCCAGGUAAGGGGUCCUCAUAACUACGGUCCACAGGCCAGAUCUGGCCUGCCAGUGGCUUUUAACCCAGCCCUCCUGGCCGCCAUGCUAGUAACAGUGACAAAUAUGGAACCAGACAUUUUUCAGCACAUAAACCACAAGCAGGCCAAUACUAGCCGUUGAAAUUCUUAAAAGUUUAUGUUGAAUAAAUUUGUUCUUCAUAUGGAAUACUGUAUUGUUUUUCCCCUUUUUCACUACAAAAAAUAUAUGUGCAGUGAGCAUAGGAACUGGCUCAUAUUUUUAAAGUACUGUGCGGCUCCUAGCAUUGUCUGGCGACUGUGAUCGGCCUCCCUGUUUAAAAAGUUUGAGGACCCCUAAUCUAGGUUUUAAGUUAAUGUUAUUUCAAAAUGAGAAGGAUGGCAAUUACUUGAUUUUUAAAUAGUUACUCUCAUUUUACAAAUCAAAUAAUUGCCAUCAUUCUCAAUACAAUUAAAUACUUAUUAUAAAAUUAUAUUUUAUGAUAACUUAUACAAUGCAUGCUGUGUAUAUCUGACGACAGAGAUCAGGUGGGAUUAAAAUAUUCAAUAUGUGCUUCACUUCCGUCAUGUAUUUUUAUGUUUAUUGACAUUUGAACGGGGAAGCCUCCUGUCUCUACUCAUAAAACACACAUAAAUUGGUCCUUUUAUCCUUAGAAGUCUUCUUUUUUAGAUUAAAUAAUUAGCGAAUUAAGACGGAAAAUAUUUUUAACAUUAUUACAUUUUUAUUUUAAAAAUUGAAAAGUUUUAGAAACUGCAUAUGAGAAGUGUUUACAUCACUAAUAUUUUGAUUGUUUUAUUUAGAUAACAUCAAGUAUGUGGCACUUAGGGUAGAGAGUAUGGCUGUACUGGACUUUUUAAUCAAGAGACUUUCAGGUAGUACAGAGAAGGAAAUAUUAACCCUUAUGGUACUGACCUACUUUUUGCUUUUAUUGCCUCCAUACUGGCUAUUAUUUUGCUAACUAGUCCCUGUGGCCCAGACAUUAUUUAGGAAUGAGCCAAAAUUUGAUAGGUUUGCAAAUUAUUUUGUAACCUUUUUGUUAUAAACAAUUGAUAAUAGCAUUUGGAGAAUUAUCUGUUCAGAAAUGGAUAAGUGUGUUUAAAAAACUUAAGUGUUUUGUUCAAACUUUUCUUUGGCAAUGGCACACCAGGGGAUUGUGCGUAAGUCGUCAUCAGCAAUAGCAAUAUUGUAGCGCCACUGAAACAACAAAUACAGAUCCGCACAAAAAACUCAGUAAUUGGUCGAUUUUAAUAAUUUGAAAGGCAAAUUAAAAUUCGACCACUCCCCUAACGAGUAAAAAUUCUGCCUGAGACAGUGGUGAAAGGUUAUAUCCUCGUUCUUGUGUUUAUAUUAGAUACCCCUCUAUGUUGCAAAUAGACAGGCUUGGGCCACGGGGAAAACGAUCGGCUGGUGAAAAAAGAUGCGCUUGGGUCAUAGGGAAAAAGUAGGUCACUGCAAAAAAGACGCUCCUGGUACUGUAAGGGUUAACAUGCUGAUAAACAGUUUGUGAACUGAACAAUUUGUGAACUCAUAUAAUAUAUCAACUUACAUAUUUUACUCAUCAAAUUAUAAAGAAAAUACUGGUAAAUAAAAAUUAAACAAAGGAAAAUACUUAAUCAUUACGAUCAUAUUAUUUAAAGCACUGGAUGACCAUUAACAAGCUCAAAUUAAAUGAUGAUAAGACUGAGCUGCUCCCCAUUGCGACCGCUCAGAAGCAGAAAUCUGCACAUAACACGACAUCCAUUACUCUCUCAGGUGUGCGUAUUGAGUUAGCUCAAACAGUGCGGUACCUGGGUGUCUACCUAGAUAGAAGACUAACUUUUGAAAGUCAUAUUAACAUGCUAUGCAGGGCGAUUUUUCUGGAGCUGCGCAGGAUUAGUCAAAUCAGGCCCUUCCUAACAAUUGAUACAACAAAGAGGCUGAUGUCUGCAUUUGUGCUAUCACGCAUGGACUAUUGCAAUGCUCUCAUGGUGGGUCUUCCAGCUACGCUCCUGGAUAAAAUUCAAAUAGCACAGAAUAAUGCGGCUCGCAUAGUUCUCCGCAAACGCAAAUUCGACCAUGCAAAAACACUUCUGAGAGAGUUGCAUUGGCUGCCGGUGCGUGCUCGCAUAGAGUACAAAAUCGCAACUUUGUGCUACCGCUGCUUACAUGACCUGGCGCCGUCCUAUCUGAAAGAGCUGCUGACGCCUUAUGUACCCAGUAGAGAGCUCCGCUCAUCCGAUAGUGGCAAACUCUCGACACCACGUGUUUGCCUUGAGACUUACGGAAAGCGCACUUUCGCAUUUGCUGGUCCAACAAUUUGGAACGCCCUUCCUGUCGAUCUUAGAAACAACCAGACACUGGAGUCCUUUAAAACAGAUCUAAAGACACAUCUAUUUCGCAAAUACCUUCUGGGAUGAUUGUCUACCUUAUUUUCCAUGUGUUGCUGUGUUGCUCCGGGUUGAAAUGGCUAGAAAGACUUUGAUAUUGUAUGCUUGUAAUUAGUUUUUGUAGUGUUGUGUUUGUUUUAAAUGUGGUGAAUUAUAGAUAUGUUUUUUGUUGACUUUGUACCGCGCUUCGAGCCUUUGGGGAUGAAGCGUGUUUUUUUAAAUGAACUUUAUUAUUAUUACUAUUUAAAAUAUUUAGGUUUUCUAGGUAAACGUGUGUUCGGUACACAAAAAUCACUCUUAAGUUACCAGUAAGACUAAAAUAAUUUUCUAAAAUUUCAGAAUGUGAACAGUUGGCCGUCAUAGAAGAUCAAAUAAUGAAUCGUCUGAAAGAGGAUUUAGUUCCCAUUGCUGAAUCCGGACCAUGGGAAUUAAGAGACCAGGCCAAAGUUUUAAACAGAUUAAUUUGUUUUCCAGACAACAGUGGGGACAGCCACCCUCAGGCGAUGGAACACUGAACCAUUGAUGCACCCAUGAUACAAGAAUUGUUAAUCCAUUUUAUCUUAUUUGAAGAAUAGCAUUCCCCACACUGCUUUGAAUUAUUUAGCUUACAAGUGACAUCCUUCCUCUUUAGUUCAGUAUUUUAAAGAAAAAAUGUAGUUGUCAUUCAAGCAUGUUUUCAUGUUUAAAUCAAAUACAAACAUUUUUGAGUUAUAAAAUACACUUUUGGAUUGCAUUUGCAUGCUCAGUGCUUUAUGACUUCAGUUCUGUAGUUGACAAUGUUCCUCCACUAUACUUAAAAUCAUAUUGCUUGAAUUUCUUUCAGCUGAAUAUAAACUUUCGUAUUUUAGUUACAGCAAAUAAGGAUUUGGAAAAGUCUGAAAAAGUUAUACAAUUUAAAAUUUGUCUCUUUGAAAAGGUCACAAACGGCAAAAGAUGAUUUUUUUAUUAUCUAAAAUAAAACUUAUUUUUACCCCAUGUUGGGAUUAAAUAUUUAUAUAAAUGAAAUUAAAGUGAGAUUUGAACAAGUUUUAACUGAAAAUAAGGUGGGAAUUAUUGUGAGAGGUAAUUGGAAGAUCCAAUAAAUCAAGAAAUUUUACAAGCCAUGGCAAUCAAUGCAGUUUUGACUGUAGAGAUACUUGACAUUAGAAAUGAACCAAUUGAGAAGUAAAAUAAAUCUCAUAUUGUUUUUGUUGUUAUUUAUCAUUCAAGGUAUUUUGAUGAAUUUGUGGGAAUUUAUUCUGCCCUGAUGUUUGAGUUAUUAAAACUUAUUUCAUAGAUAAAUAAAAA